ACAUUGACAACAGAAAGGGAAAAGAGUGCAACAUGAGUGGAAAUGCCGAAGUAUCGGAUACAAUAGGUUAUGACACAGCUGUGGAUGAAAAAUACAGAGUUUACGCGAGCAUCUCCUUCGCGGUAUUGUUGUUGGGUGUCGGAGUUCCUCUUUGGUGGCAUACUACCGCAGUUCCACGAGUAUCACUCCCGUAUGCUGGAAUCGAGGCACUUUCCGAUUUAGACAUCAAUAUUAAAACGAAAAUUGUCAUCGUAGCUCUGUCUCGAGAUCGAGCUGAAUCAUUGGUGCACGAUAUAAACGAUGCCUUUAAAAAUGCCAGUAUCUACCAAAUAGAAAUUGUUUAUCACGUGAUAUCCAGUAACUUAAUGACUUCCGCGUUUACCUAUCACGAAUUGGAGAAAAUAGCGUCUGCCUUCGAUCUCGACGUUGGACAACUUCUGCUUUUGGAAACAAACAACUUGCACGAUGUGGUUCUCGUUGGUUCGAGAAGAACCAUUUACUUUUCUACAGAGACUACUACCUCCACUUUAAUUCGAGUACUGUCGGAGUGGAUAUUACUCGAAGAGUCGCUGGCCUUAACGAGAAAUGCACUCACCGAACCGACUCUUUACAGCCUAGAUGAGGAAAACAGACGGAGGUUCCCGGCUAACCCGGCUUACGAUGUAUUGAUCACUCUGGUCAAUCCUGAUCCAGAAAAAUUGAAAGUUACUUGGGAUCUUCGAACGAUGACCGAAGAGUACGUCGAGCCAUUUCUUUCUGAGCUGUCGAUCUUGAGCAACUUCUCCGUAAAGUCUCAGUGGUUGUAUUUACUACCACUGGAUGUUAAUCCGAAACGAGUGCCUGAUAGUAGCCCAUUAGGUAGGCAUUUUGCACUGUCGGAAGACGUUCUGCCUCAAUUAAUCACACCGUUGGAGAAGAAGCUAGCCUCACAGGUUAGCCUCCGACCAACUAUCAACUUCGUUAUCUACGCUGUUCCUUGUGACAGCGCUCCGUUGCAUGUUUACACGCGUUCUGGACAUCGAUGGAAAAUCACCGCUAACGUUGAAGCGUUUCUGUCACCGAGAUGGGGUGGUGUAGUCUUGAUUAAUCCACCCGUUGAAGCUUGCAUAGCUGCGAAACCCGAUCAACCAGUUACCAUUGUUCCUGAACAAACUACUGUUGUUGGAACCUUUCUUACCCAAUUGAAACUUCUUUUGGGCAUUCCAGAACCGAAAUUCUUGAACGGUGUUAACGCUCUUUCUUUACCGGGAUUGAAACUGCACGAUUGGGAAGUCGAUGUAUUGUUACGUAUACGCACGAUCGAGCAAUUAACAUCGGCGAAAUUGACUCUUCAAUCGCUUGCUCAGCUUCUUCAGGAAAUUAGCAACAUUGUGAUCACAGAUGUUGUAGGGCACAGAAUAAAGACAGCUUUACGUUUGGUAGAAGAUUCGGCUGAACAAUUAACGCACGGUGAUCUAGCUACAGGUUUUCUGUUAAGCAAAGAAGCAUUUGUUACUGCGGAAGCGGCAUUCUCCGAUCCAACACUCUUUGCUUUACUAUAUUUCCCCGAAGAUCAAAAAUACGCUGUAUACACACCUCUCUUUUUACCAGCCAUGGUACCAGUUUUGCUUUCCUUGAAAAAUAUUUAUCGCUAUUAUUCCGGUCGAAGAACCAAUAAUCUUUAGAACUGCAUCAGGUUUUCAACCAAGUGUCAAGUGUCUAGUUCUUCUUGUUCUCUUUUUCUUUUAUCGUUUUUAAUGUAUCUCGUCGCUGAGUCAUUUCCAUACGUUUUAUCUAGAUAAAAGUCGAUGAAACAAACAAACAUCACGAAUAAAAACAAUAUUUUUUUUAUUGUACAAAGAAAAUGUUUCAAGUUAUAAAAACAGCAGAAAGUGUCGGGUGAAUCAGUGAGUGAAUGGUGAGAAAUAUAGAAGGGACUAGGUGAGUGAAAGAUUAAGAAAGAGAGACAGAGACAGAGAGUAGUAAGAAGAGGUGUCAGGGAGGGACAGAGAAUGCGCUGAGCUGUUUAAAUCAUUCCAAAGAAUAUAGAAUGGAUUCGAGAUAAUUUACAUACAGUUAAAUUUAACCUUUGUUUGUCCUGCAUAUUUCUCGCACACAAACAGGUAGUCUAGAAUUACAAUUGCCUCGUAAUUUCUAUUAUCGACGGACGAAAUACGAAUCCGUAUGAUGUAUUACGUUUGCGUCACAGCAUAUAAUAUAGUAUAGAGUAGCGCUAGAUAAAUCUGUUUAUACACAGGUAUACGCGUCUUUUGUUCACAUUUACGCACACAAAUUUAAUACUACCAAACGUCUUCCACGCAUUCUCAUACAUUCUUUUUAACAAAUUUCAAAUUAAUUAUCAUUAAAUCGUUAGAAACAA